AUUAAUAAAAUGAUCACUCAAGAAUAUCCGAAAAUGGAUGGAGUGCAAGGAUGGUUGUUGCACAAGUCAUCAGGUGGUCAAGGUAGGAGGAAACUUGUAGCAAUUCCUCCUGAUGUAAAUGGCUACACAGGAAGACUGAUCCGCAACGUUUCCAGUGCAGGAAAGACCCUCUUGUAUGUUGUUCCGCUGCAGCAGGACCUUGAUCUUACUCCUCUUCCAUCAGAUGCAGCUGAAUUUCAAACCAUGCCAAAGGCUUCUUGCCAGGUGUGCAAGGAAAGUAUGCCUCUGCAUAUCCUAGCACUCCAUGUCAACAAUUGUGUGUCUCAGUCAACAGAAGAGGAAGAUGAGACGGAUGUCCAGCUUCUGUCUGUCAUGAAUUCACCAAGUUUUUGUAGAGAGCCUCUUGACAUGAAGCAGGACAUGAAAGAAUGCCCAAUCUGUCUUUGCUGCUUUCCAGUGAAUGAGAUUGCCCAGCAUGCAAGCCUGUGUGGUGAAAGACCUGAGGACACUUCCACUCACAUGACAGACGUUUAUGUCAGUACUGACUCUGAGUGCAGUGUGCCAAGCAACAGAACAGAUCCUUUGACUGAUUUAGUCAGUGAAGCAGAUGUGCUACAGUGGCUUUCAAGUCAGGUGGAUACCAGCAAAGAGUUUAGGAUUUGCAUCACUCGCAAUGAUCUUGUUCAACGAGGCUUCAUUCAGUGGCAACGACAGAAGAAGGCUUCCCCUGUCAACAAACUCCACGUGACUUUUAUCGGAGAAGCAGGAAUUGAUACUGAAAUGAUGCAUGGUAUUGAGACUCGUCUGUUUGAAGGCAGUGGCAAGAAGGGAAAGAGUCCUGUCUACUCUAUCAGUGAUUUAGAAAAUAGUUUCUACAGAACUGCAGGAGAAGUGUUUUCAGUGAGCCUUGCACAGGGAGGUCCACCACCAUGCUUCCUGAGAAGCUGGUGUUAUCAGUUUCUUGCAACAGGAAACUUUGAUGUUCUUCAGCUGACCAAAGAUGAUGUGGAUGACACUGAAUAUAGGUCUCUAAUCGAAAAG